GACAUGAGCGAGGAGAAGGUCGAGUUCGCGCUGGACAUCGCCCAGGAGGGUUUCAACCAGGCGUCCUUCAAGGGCAAGGUCUACUCCUACAUCGCCCAGUUCAUCCGCGCGGGCUUCGAGAAGGCGUACGGCAAGGGCUGGAACGUCGUCGUCGGCCGGUCCUUCGGCGCCUACGUGACGCACGAGAUCAAAACCUACAUGUAC